AUGUUGGGGGUUAAACGUUGCCACCCACCCUUAUGCCUCCCUCACCGGCGCCGCCACCACCUCGUUUCCGAUCAGCCAACGACAACAGCAACCACCAGACUUCCACUGUUCUCCUCCUUCUCCUUCUUCAGUCACCGCCAUGUGGAGCUUCAUCCACCAUUCGACCCCCUUGCAGUUCCAACCAACCAAGACCACGACAAAUUAUGGCCGCCGGCGAAGAUUGUUGUUGUGAACCGCCGCAACCCAAUCGCCGAUAUGUGGACUGCGAACGACGGGGGUUGUUACCACCGCUGCGCCGCAACCGGUGAAGACUUAGUCGCCAUAAGCUUUGUUGUAGCGUUGCUGUUCCGCCGCCGCCAUUCUCCGAGCUGUUACGUCGCCACUGCUGCCUCAGCGGCUGAUUCUUUUUCCGAUGACACUGCUAUUACCGUCUUUAGCCACCAUUGA